AGAGUACUAGUAGUAAGAUUUCUAAGUAGUGGCACUAUCGAUCACUUCACUACUGGUCGUAUAUUCAAUCAAAAUAUUUCCGGCCAGUUUCAAGUUGGAGAUCUAUUGUAAUCGGCCGGGGAAGAGAUGAAUGCUUUAGCGGCAACAAACAGAAACUUUAAGUUGGCUGCCCGGAUUUUGGGAUUGGACUCGAAGCUUGAAAAGAGUUUACUGAUACCAUUUAGGGAAAUCAAGGUGGAGUGUACUAUCCCCAAAGAUGACGGCAGUUUGGCUUCAUAUGUUGGCUUCAGAAUCCAACAUGACAAUGCUAGAGGCCCCAUGAAGGGAGGCAUCAGAUAUCAUCCAGAGGUUGAGCCUGAUGAGGUGAAUGCUUUAGCACAGCUGAUGACAUGGAAGACGGCCGUGGCUAACAUCCCCUAUGGAGGUGCCAAAGGUGGGAUAGGAUGUGAUCCAGGGGAGCUCAGUGUUUCUGAGCUUGAACGACUCACCAGAGUUUUCACCCAAAAGAUUCAUGAUCUUAUUGGAAUCCACACUGAUGUUCCGGCACCGGAUAUGGGCACCGGUCCACAGACCAUGGCCUGGAUACUUGACGAGUACUCCAAAUUCCAUGGCUACUCACCUGCAGUUGUCACUGGGAAACCAACUGAUCUUGGUGGAUCAUUGGGAAGAGAUGCAGCAACUGGAAGAGGAGUACUAUUUGCAACAGAGGCUUUACUGAAUGAGUAUGGGAAGACCAUCUCCGGCCAACGCUUUGUUAUACAGGGUUUUGGGAAUGUGGGAUCCUGGGCUGCCCAACUCAUUCAUGAGAAAGGUGGGAAAAUAGUUGCAGUGAGUGACAUCAGUGGAGCUAUAAAGAACAGCCAAGGACUUGACAUUCCAAGCCUACUCAAGCAUGUCAAGGAACAAAGAGGUGUCAAGGGCUUCUAUGGCGGAGAGUCGAUACAAGAUUCCAACUCAAUUUUAGCUCAAGACUGUGACAUUCUCAUUCCUGCAGCACUUGGAGGUGUCAUCAACAGGGAAAAUGCAAAUGAUAUAAAAGCCAAAUUUAUUAUCGAAGCAGCAAAUCAUCCCACUGACCCCGAAGCCGAUGAGAUCUUGUCAAAGAAAGGUGUUGUUAUUCUUCCUGAUAUUUAUGCAAACUCUGGAGGAGUCACUGUUAGUUACUUCGAGUGGGUGCAGAACAUUCAAGGUUUCCUGUGGGAUGAAGAAAAGGUGAAUAAUGAGCUGAGGACUUACAUGACUAAAGGCUUCAAAGAUGUCAAGGAGAUGUGCAAAACCCACAACUGUGACCUCCGCAUGGGAGCCUUCACUCUUGGAGUUAAUCGCGUUGCGCGGGCAACUGUCCUCAGGGGGUGGGAAGCCUGAUGGAUGUUCCGACCAUCACCACCUGCUGAUAAUGCUAGCUGCCACAUUGAAUAAGGAUUAUGAUGAGACUCUUCUCUGAUAAGAGUCACUCGAGUAGUAUUUCAUUCAUGUUUGCUGAUUGAUAUUGCUGCAUUUGUUUUCUUCAAACAGAAGUACGGCCUUAAAUACUAUUUUUGGUAGUGUUGCAUCUACCUGUAUUUUGACUAUCAUUAAUUCUAGUUUCAAGCAAUCCCUCAAUUUCAAAGUUCCG